CAGAGUCACCUCUCCGGGGACUCUAAUACUAGGGGGGAUCACCAAACAUCUGCUUAAAAGUAUAUUUAACUGCCGCAAGGCACAAUCAAAUUUCCUCCGACAAGCUACGUUCAUAUAUCCGCAAGUUUUUUUGCGUUUUACCCUACACAGGACCGCCUGGGCACACCUAAACACUUGUGUCCCCAAGAUCAACGACAAAAGCUGGUACACAAAUAUACGAAAGUGUUCCUAUUUACGUAACCUCUGUGAACGAAGGUGUUAUUUGUAUGUGUGAAGGUUGCAUGUGAUGUGACCGCACUCCAGGGGCUUACCUGCGAGGCUCGCCACACUGUAAGUCAUGACCCUUGGCACACCAGAAUGCCACUGCUGUAAUUCGUGACCUUUGGCACACCUGGAGGCCACCGCUGUAACUCUUGACCCUUUGACACAUCUGGAGGCCACCGCUGUAACUCGUGACUCUUGAUACAUCAGGAAGUCGCUAAAAAUUUUGCUUGGUGUGAUGCAUUUACUGAGGCGUACGUUAAGCUUGAGCACCAAGUGUGCUUCAGCGUCUGUGACUGAUGAAUUCAUAAACUCCAUUGCCAAGGUAGCCUAAGGCAGCCUAGUUGUAUUAAUGGGUGUUGACUGCUUGAGCAACCAAGUGGAGGGGCCAGCUACUGUUUAUUUGCUUGACAGACCGAAUUACUGACCGCGCCCAGGGUGCAACCCCACAACAAGCUGACUAACUCCUGAGUACCUACUUACUGCUAGGAUUUAUGCCUUGGGAUGAGUCGGAGAUCUGUCGAACACUUGCAACACUUCUUAGAAUGGCACCCCGGGAAGAAGAAAUGGUCAUACCAUCCCACACCCCUAAACGCUUGGAAGAACAAGCUUUGGAGAAAUUUAUUAGUUUGGUGUUGCAGCAUUCCAUCCCUCCUUCACUGCAUAGUACAAAAUUCCUUCAACUACAAGAGUUCUCCAUUGUACACGAACACAGUAGCAAAUUGGACAAGAUUCUGACAUCAGGACCAGAGCAAAUUCGUGAUAAAACUCUGUUGUUGACACAUCUCCAGCAAUUGAAGCAUUGGUGGGAAAAUAAUGAGUGGCUUGGUAAACAGAAUUCAGAAAUUCGAAGGCACAUAAAAGAGGGCUUCACCAUAUAUCUAGAACUAGUGGAUCCACAUUGCGAGUUUCCGCUCUUUAGAUUUUUGCUCCAACUUAUAUUUUCAACAAGAGUUCUUGGGGCCACUGAUGCUGCAGAGUUUCCAGAUAACCCAAAGAUGCAGAUAGAACUCCAGCGAAAUAGAUGCCCAGUGUUUGCUGAAGUUUUGAAGUCUUUGAAACCAUUUGGAAUAGAAGAAUUAUCAACUGAACACAUUAUCUUUGGAAAUGUUGAACCUUGGAUUAUUGUUGUAGAAAAUUCCCCAUUCCUGAAGAAAGUACACUUGCGUAAAAACAUUUGUGAAGAGAUCCUUCUGUGCAUAGGACAGCACUGCCCUUUGAUAGACACAUUUAUAGUAGAGCAGUUCUUUGGCAGACUAAUGGUUCCAGUUGAUUGUUUAUACAAAACAUUUUUCUCUGGAUUAGAUUAUGAAAGGGUUAAUACUAUUGCUGGCAGUGAAAGCCAUUUAAGCAGGCAAAAAUACAUAUCCUUUCCAAGGCUCAAGUGUGUUGACAUGGGUGAUAGAAGAAAAUUUAAAAAGGUUGUUAAAAGGCAGUCUUUUACAGAAUUUUUGUAUAAUCUAAUGUUAUUUUACCCCAAUAUAACCAGUAUAUCUUGCCAUACCAUGCAGCCUUUUAUGCCUCUGUUACCUGUGAGUUUACCUCAGCAUUGCUCCUUUAUGACCUACAACAUUAAGCACAUUGACCUCAUUGGUUUAAUGUCUUUCAUACAUUAUUGUAUACCUGAGACUAUAUUGCAACCUAAUGGAAAUAUUGAUGCAAAAUCUAUCAUUUUAAAAUUUAGGAAGUUGCAGCAUUUAACACUAUGUCAUUGUGCUAGUGUUCAUACAAGUGAUGAUAAUAUUAUGGAGUAUGCUAGAUUUGCCGAGAUCUGGAUACCAAUGUUCGGAUGUAAGAACUUAACGAUUCAUGUACCAUUUAGUCCUUCUGAGGACAUCAGAAAUGGUGAAUUUCUUUCUUUGUAUAUACCCCUUUUUAGUAGAAUAGGACCGAGCUUAAGUGCAUUACAUUUUCAUUUGUAUACAAGUAUAAAUUUAAAUGAAAUAUGCCAGCUCAUAUCUCUGUGCCCCAAUCUUGAGCUUCUGGAAAUAAGGUUACUUUCAGAAGUGAACGUAUUUAGUGAAACAAACUUUCAUAUCAAAAGACUAUCAAGAUUAACUUCAUUAAGCUUUGCCAGUGUUGCUGUUCAGAAUAUAAGUACUAGUAUUAUUAACACACUAGCAGAGAAAUUGAUUACAGCUUCUCCCAUCUUGACUAGUAUGGAGCUCAUGUUGGCAUAUAGACCAUGUGCAUGGCUGAUGGAAAUAGCGGGUAACAAAAUGCUUGAUGGAAUAAAGACAUUACGACUCAGUUUUAAUGCCCGUUCUGUUAGCAAGUGGGUCCCCAACCAGCCACUCAACCAUGUGGAUACUUCAUUUUAUAUCUUAUUAAUAGAACUCCUACCAAAUCUUGAGGUAUUGAUGCUUGGCAUGAUUCACAAUGUUGUAUUUACUCAAAUAAGAUCUAUAUAUCGCACAUCUAACCUUAAGAUAAUUGCAAGAGGUAAACCAUAUAUUGGCUAUGCUCUACAAACUCCUAUUUAAAUAAAAUUUAAGAAGAAAAUAUAGAGCUUUUGUUUUUUAACUAAUAUUUGCAGUUUGUAACAUAACACUGACAUCAUAGUUAAUCAGAAUGUAUAUUCAUAUUGGUUAUUUAGUACUGAUUUAUGAUCAACUAUUAUUUAUCUCAAGAUAACUAAAGGAGUCUUUAGGGCAGUUCUCUAAGCUUCAUAUGCUCCUUGCAGCAAGGAUGGGAAAUGGCCUUAGCUUAAUUACAUAUCGGUCACACAAGACUAACACAGAGGCACUAAUAGAGAGGAAACCUGCUCCUUAAUGGCAGAAUUGUAUUGUUUCACUCAGUCAUCUCCUGGUUGAAUGUUCCAAUUUGAAGAUGAUUGGAAAAUUUAUUUACCAAAGUUUCAUAGUCUGUCUCCUUUGACAUAGGUUAACUGAUGACUUUCUGCUUCUGUAAUAGCAUCCUUAGUAAUGUUUAGGAAUUUUUGCUUCUUCUGUGACAUGCAAAGUGUGUUAUAGUCAUACUGGUUUUGAAUAUUUUUUUAUAAUAAGGUCAAAUCUUAUAAAAGUAAGUUAAGUUGUUAAAAGGUUGUGAUUCAGGAAAUGAACUUUAAUACCAUUACAGUAUGGCAGUAGCUAUGCACAUUUCAAUUUGACUAAUAUUAAAUUUGUAUCUGUUUCAAGUUAUGUUAAUGGUCAAGUUGCUGUUGAAUAUUUUUCUUGGCAUUGUUGCAUUAAAUUAUUAACUAGAAAUUGCAAUUGGUUGAUGUCCAAACCACACAUCAGAAAAUGAAGAAAUUACAAUGUUUUGGUCUGUCGUGGACCAUUAUCAAGUCGUGACACUACUUGAUAAUGGUCCAUUUCAGACCAAAACUUCAUCGUUUCUUCAGUUUCUGAUGUGUGGUUUGGACAUCAUAUCUUCAGCCACAUUACUGUGACUCAUUGUCUGCCAUUGUUUGAGAUUCAAGUAGGUAAUACUAAGUACUGUAAACAAAUAUUCGUGCUUCCUUUAUUAGAUUGAGGUUAAUAUAAAAUUUGCAGUCACUUGUCAUGCUUGACAUAUACUGUAUAUUUAUUGAUCUUUGAGGGUAACCAGGUAAGGAAUAUGAAACAGCAUAAAUGUGACAAAAACAGUGUUACAUUUUUAAUGAUACAAGAUACACAAGACUCCAGAGUCGGUGCCAGUUCACUUUGGAGUGGGAGCUGUGCUAGCAGAUGCCAUCAAAUGAUGGUUGAGGUGGCAGGGUGUCUUCUAGUAAGGUGAGGUAUUGAACAUGGUUUUCUUAGUUGAGGAGCUGAUGAAAGAUUGAAUGCUGGGAAUCAGUGCUCACCCCAUUUAUAGUAAUCUUGGGUUGACUUGGUAUUAAAGAGAGAACCUACAGGUACAGUGUCAAUACAGUGUGGGUUGGGUAGUACAACUGUGUUGUGCUGUAGUUGGUACAUAUAUGUUGACACAGGUAGUAUUAUCUAAAUAGAAUCUAGCUUCUUCUAUACUGUUGUAUCAUCAACAGAUCUCUCCCAUAUGUACUUUAUCACUUCUUAUCUCCAUGGUAAAGCAUCAAGGUACCUGUACCACAGUGUAGCACCAGGGGUAUCUGUACCACAGUGUAGCACCAGGGGUAUUUGUACCACAGUGUAGUACCAUGGGUACCUGUACUGCAAUGUAGCACCAGGGGUACCUGUACCACAGUGUAGCACUAGGGGUACCUGUACUGCAGUGUAGCACCAGGGGUAUCUGUACUACAGUGUAGCACCAGGGGUAUUUGUACCACAGUAUAGCACCAGGUGUACCUGUACUGCAGUGUAGCAGCAGGGCACCUGUACCAUCUUGUAUCUGAAUCCCAGCUUUACUUGUUAUAAUUUCAAUUUUUUUUGUAUUAUUUACUUAAUGUAUUUUUGUAUAUUUAGGUGGAUUUAUGUACAGAAUUAUGUAUACUGUAAAUAUAUAAAUAAAUGUGUUAAAUAUUUUA